GCCGGCCAAAUCAUCUCCGCCGUCGAAGCCCAAGCCGCCAGUAUCUCGGUCCCCCAGAACAUCGCCAUCACCGACCCGGCGGGCCACCUCCUCGCGUUCAAGCGCAUGGAGGGCGCGGCACUGGUGAGCAUCGACGUCGCAUUGAAGAAGGCGAAGACGGUUAGUUUGUUCGGGGGGCGGUUCGGGACCGACGACCUCACGAACCUGGUGACGGCUGGAUCGGCGUUUCAGGGGUUGGAGCAGACGAAUGGCGGGUUGGUGGUGAUUGGAGGAGGGCUGCCAAUUAAGGUGGGGGGAACGUUUGUGGGCGGACUGGGUGUUAGUGGAGGAUUGGCGGCACAGGAUGUGGAGUGUGCGGAGGCGGGAGUUGCGGCGGUU